AUGCAUAAUAAUUUGCUAGCAAAUGCAGUAAAGACUACAUCUCUGGCUUGUGAAAUGUGUAAUGGGCCUCAUCAAAGCUUUGAAUGUCCAACUGGUAAUUCUUUUUCGCAAAUGAUGACAGUAGAGCAAGCUCAAUAUGUGGGGAAUUUCAACAGGCAACAAGAUAACCCCUACUCCAAUAGAUACAAUCCAGGAUGGCGGAAUCAUCCUAACCUGUCUUGGAAAAAUAACUCAACCAUGCAGGAACAGAGCAACCCACCACAAGAGAAGAAAAUAAAUCUGGAAGAAGCAAUGACUCAGUUAGCUACAACUCAAACGCAGUUCAUGAAUGAAACUCGCACUAGCCUGCAAAAUCAGUCUGCACAAAUCAGGAAUUUGGAGGUUCAGCUAAGUCAAAUGGCGAGUAUGUUAACAGAGAGACAACAAGGAAACUUACCUAGCACAUCUGAGGCAAAUCCAAGAAAGAGUGGCAAUGAACAAUGUAGUGCAAUUAUUUUGAGGAGUGGAAAGGAAUUGAAGAUGCCAGAGAAAAAGUCUGAGUCUGUAGAUCAGAAACAUGAUCAAGAUAACCUUGAACACAAUAAAUAUGAAGCUCAGAUUGAAGCACCAUUACCACAAGAUAGAUUUACAAGAAUCCCUUUUCCUCAGCGCCUGAAGAAGAAUAAGCUUGACCAGCAGUUUGCUAAAUUCUUAGAUAUAUUCAAGAAGCUUCACAUUAAUAUCCCAUUUGCUGAAGCUCUUGAGCAAAUGCCGAGCUAUGUGAAGUUCAUGAAAGAAAUUCUUUCAAACAAAAGGAAGCUUAAGGAUUAUGAGACAGUCGCACUUACUGAAGAAUGCAGCGCAAUCUUGCAAAAGAAGUUGCCACCCAAACUCAAGGAUCCAGGCAGUUUUACCAUCCCAUGCUCGAUUGGGAAUGUGGUGUUUGAGAGGGCAUUAUGUGAUUUGGGGAGCAAGUAUCAAUUUAAUGCCAUUAUCAAUCUUCAAGAAGCUUAA